AUGAAACAAUGGAUAUUUGCGUUAUGCCUUUUAGGAAUAUGUUCUGCUUUACCGAUACUGCCCCAUCAUGCUGGGAUUCCUGGAAUGGGUAGUAUAAGCCUUGAGGGUAUGAGACAGCUGGGUGGACCAAGUAUAUCAAAGGUACUCCCUCAGUAUGGCCAGACUUACAGCUACGCUGAUCCAUAUCAUUCAAUGUGGAUGCACAAUUUCCUACCAUCACAUUCAGCGUUCUACUUGAUAAGGCAAAGACCUCAACAUGAAACUCAACAGUAUGAAUACACAAUGCCAGUGCACCCUCCUCCAUUGCCAUCUCAAACACCCACUCUGCUACAACAACCUGGGAUACAAGAGCAACCUCCUUAUCAUUACACACAUUUCCUUCCUACAAGGCAAGUCCAAAUACAACAUUAUGAUGUCCAGCCAGCAUUUCAGCCAAAACAGUUUUCUCCAUCAGAAGGAAAUCAGCCAGAUGUUCAGCAACAGCUAUCAUUGGAUAGACAGACUCAACAGUUACCUGUCAUACAAGACUAUUCAGGGACAUUGGGCCAGAUCUACCCUGGCUUAUUUGGAACCCAGCAAAACACAGCCCAACAACCACAGCAGCGGUCUAUUUAUCCCAAUUUGCAAUAUAUGUCUUAUGUAGCAAAUAAAGGAGCUCCUGCCAGAUUAGGAAUAGUAAGCUCAGAAGAAAUGCAGGGUGGAGGAUUUGGGGCACCAGCCUAUCGAGCAACAGGCCCCCAUGUCUUUCCCAUGGAUGCCAGAUUUGGAAAUAUGCCAUUGAACAGAGGCCAACCAGGAGAUUACACAGUCGAAGAUGAUCAGCUGGGCAUUACAGAACAGCCUGAAGUUCAAAAAGGAUCUAAUCUAGGGCCCAACCCUUCAGACAGAGGGAACACUCUUAUCCCUGUAGAUAGCAACCCAAGGGUUGCCUUGCCCAAUGCCCAUAACAAUCUAUUAAACCCAGCUGGUCAGAGUAAAGGACAACCAAAUGCACCUCAAGCCACUGUCUUGCCUCCAGCAAUUCCUGAUAGCUUCACUCCAUUAGAGGCAACUAGCACUCCCAUGCCUUUGGAUCCUACCAUGUUUCCUGACUUCUUUUACUCAACCAGUGCAGGAAAUGAGCCUGGCCAGCCACAAGUCAGUCAAAGCAGCUGGCAUUUGCAAGAGCCUUAA